AUAAGAAAGAUAAAGAUAAUUUGAUAAAACAAGAACUAUUAAACAAGUGUAGUAAAUAUCCAAAUAAAUUAGCUGAUAUUAAAAAUUAUAUUGACAAAAUUGGAGAGAGGAAUAAAAAUUCUAACAACAAAGAAACAAAAGAUAUACUAGAGGUAGUAAAGAAAUUCAAUGAUGAAAUUAAAUAUGCUGAAAUGGCAAUUGAUUUAUACAGUGUCUAUCAACAAGAUAAAGAAAAACUUGAUGUGGUGAAAAACUCUAUAGAGCAAGCAGAAGCUGAAAUCAAACAAUUAAAUCACUCAUUAAAAGAUAUAAAACGUAAAAUUCAAAAAAUUUCUAAAGGAUUUGAGAUACAAGAAGAAAUAACUGAUUAUAUUGAAAAUUUAAAUCAAGCAAUAGCUACUCUUAUUAAUAUACAUGAUC